AGCAAAGAAUUGGCUAUCUUCUGUCUGUUGAAAUCAUACACUGACUUUCUUGGGCGCUUUAAGAGUCGGACAACUAGUGGGACUAAAAUUAUGACAACAACUAUCCCAAGUCGUUGUCCUGGCGCCUACUGUGGACGGUCUUUGCUGGAGAAUGGAAGUUGGAGUAACUGCGGUGUGUGCUCACGUGGAUAUCGGGUUGAUGAGAACUAUGCUUGUACACCAUGUCGUGAUGAAUUGAGCACAUAUUCCUGGCUGUACCUUGGAUUUAUGACAAUGUUGCCACUAAUGAUGCACUGCGUCUUUAUUGACAUGGACGCCAAAGAUCGCAAAUUUUCUCGGAAGCAAUUAAUCCUUACCGCCAGCGCAUUUAUCGAGGUGGCUGUGUCGGCUAUUUUAUCCGCACUCUUCAUGGAGCCCCUAUGGGAGUUGCGGCUUUAUGCGUGCGACGUUCGAAAACUAACCGAUUGGUACACUCUGUUCUAUAAUCCUCAGCCCAACUAUGAGGCCCGAGUGUAUUGCACGCAGGAAGCAGUAUAUCCCUUGCAAACUGUAGUCUUGGUAUUUUAUUUUCUGUGUCUGGUUAAUAUGUUUCUUAUACGUCCUCUAAUCUGUUCCCUGAUGGAUGUGAAAGGAAAAAACAAGGCACCCAUCUACUCAGCUCUUUACUUUCUACCGCUUCUUACCCUUGUUCACGCCUUGGGCGGUGGACUUAUAUAUUAUUCGUUUCCCUAUCUCAGUGUGGCCAUAUCGAUGGUCGCCAACGCCAUUCACUAUUCACUGAAAAUAGAUCAAACACUAAAGGCUCUUGUCUGCUCUUCAGUUUGGGAGCUGAAGAAUGUCGUCAUCAUUUCGGUGCACUGGCUAUUACUUGCCUAUGGCAUUGCCUCACUUAACUAUCAUUAUGCCUUUUUGUGCCUUGUGCCGUUUCCCACAUUAUUCUAUAUAUUAACUGUGCGCUUCACGGAUCCUGGCGAAUUUCGUGAGAUAGAAUCGCGUAUUUGAUGCGGAGAUGUACAAAUGCACGUAUUUCACGGACGCGGCGGGAAUAGGCGAUCCACAGUUGUUAUCUAUGUGUAGUAUGUGUGUCGUUUAAUUUAUUUUCACUUAGUACCUAAGAUACUUAACAAUCUAACUAGCUAUAUAUGUAUGUAUGUAUAUUAUAUUGUAUUUAGUACGUAGUGUAUAUUGUAUCGUCCCAUAUCAUCAUUGCAUCAUUUUGUUUUUAAUUAUAUGUACUUCACAUUAAUUACAUUAAGUGACAAUUUUCGAUUCAUCAAUUCUUUCCCAAAUGGAACUAGUGUCUGGGACUGAAACUGACUGAACUUAAGAAUGGGGGCUCCAUUUUUGCAAAUUUGCUUAGAAAUAAUGUACAUUUGAAGCCAAAAAAAUUUAAAUAAAAAUUGCAUGUCCUUGUCCACAUGGAACCAUAUAUCAAUUAAA